CAUCACGCAUGCGCAAAGCCACUGUAGUGGGGCUUUCGCUCUGUUAGCAAGUACAUCGGAAAAACAAAGCCAUUUUUAAGGAUAAAUCCAGUGAAUCGCCACCGGGAGAGAGUUACACCUGCCGCCGGCGGAGAAAAAGGUUGUCGCCGGUUGAACUGAGGGUUUUGCGUAAAGCCAUGUUGGAGUAUUACCAGAUAUUAGGAGUGCAGAAGAGUGCAUCUCCGGAUGACAUUAAGAAAGCGUACAGAAAACUAGCCUUAAAAUGGCAUCCUGAUAAGAACCCAGACAACAAGGAGGAGGCGGAGAAGAAGUUUAAAGAAAUAUCUGAGGCUUAUGAAGUCCUUUCAGAUGCAAACAAGCGGAGUAUUUAUGAUCGGUACGGUAAAGAAGGCUUAGCAGGAAGCGGAGGAGGGGGACAUUAUCAUAACGGCGAUCCCUUCGAAGGAUUUACGUUCCGCAAUCCAGAAGACGUCUUCAGAGAGUUCUUUGGUGGUCAGGAUCCGUUUGCUGAUUUCUUUGGGGGCGAUCUGUUUGGUGACGAUUUGUUCUUCGGUGGUGGGCGGCGGCACCAGCGUGGCAUGAGCAGGAGCAGAACGGGCGGUUCGUUUUUCGGGGGGUUCGGAGGGUUCCCUUCUUUCGGAGGGGGAUUUCCGGCUUUUGACCCAGGUUUUGGCACCUUUAGUCACAUGGGACACAUGGGACACGUAGGACACGUAGGACACGUAGGACACGUGGGACACGUGGGGCAUAUGGGGCAUAUGGGGCACUUGGGCGGAGGGGGCUUCACCUCCUUCUCUUCCACCUCCUUUGGGGGAGGAGGCAGCGGAAUGGGAAAUUUCCGCUCCGUGUCCACUUCAACCAAAUACGUAAAUGGCAGGAAAAUCACUACAAAAAGAAUUGUAGAGAACGGGCAGGAGCGGGUAGAGGUUGAAGAAGACGGACAGUUAAAGUCGUUAACCAUAAAUGGUAAGGAACAGCUCCUCCGACUGGAACACAAGUAAACUGUUGAAGCCUGCUCAGCCCAAACUUGAGCUCAAAGCAAAGUUAGGACUUUUGCUCAGAUGUAAUUUUUUUCCCUCUUAGCAUUUUUAGAUUAAAGUUAUUGUAGUCUCUGAACUUUUUGUUAAUAUAUUUAUGAUCCAGACCGUCAGUAUUUGGUGCAGGGUGCAUUUUAUGUUUACUUCUGUUGGGGACCAUAGUGUGGGAUGUUUCGUUUUUUAUUUCUUUUUCCCGUUACGUAUGCACUUUGCCGCAUCUCAGUUUCCUAAUGAAUGCACAUUGCCUUUUGAAUAGUGCUUUUGUGCUACAGAAGAAUAAAGCGCAUUGUGCAUUUAACAAAAGCAUGACUUUGCUUUUCCAUCUGAGUACGGAGUGUUGAAUUUGAAUAAGUAACCCUUGCUUUCUUUUAAAACCUGUCAAUAACCUUGUCCGACCGUCUGACGUUAUAUCUUUGUAAAUGUUAGUAGGAUGAUAGAUCACGUGUACUGAUAUGCAAUUUUCUUUUUUUUAAGACUAGUGUUUUUUUUCAUGGAUACAUGUAUGCCAGCCAAAUUUGUUCGGUCUUAAUGUUAUCAGAUAACCUGAUAGGAUUUGAGGUUAAUUCUGUAAGUGAUAUAUGAAUAUAAAUGAAUUUUGUGUACUUUGUAAGCAAAUUUCAAACCAAUAAAUAUGAGUUUCAUCCUUUUUUGAGGAUGCGGCAGC